GGCGGGCGCGGAGCGCGUGUUUGCGUUGGGAAAUGGAACUGCGCAACCGGGGAGCGGACUUUUCCAGGCGCGCAGCCCCGAGGAUGCCGGCCCGCCAGAGCCCGCGAGCUCCCUCCCUCUCGCCCCGCCGCCGAGGCCCCGGGUCGGGGGGGGGCGCUGCGGGAGGGGCGGAUGCUCCUGGCGCCCGGUGGCCCAGCGGCUCGGCCAAGAGAAGGGGCGGAAGGGAGUCGGGGGCGCCAGGCUCCUCCCCCACCCCGCGGCAGGGCAAGGGUGCUCUAAGCCCCCAUUCUUCAUCAGCCCCUUGACUGGUUGGAGCUAGCUGCUCACCCCUUGGCCCACUUCCCUCAAAUACAGAUUGGGUUCCACAACAUGGCGGGGGCGUAGUGGUAUCCUCCCCCCCACACCAGCCGCGUCUCGCAUGGGUCCGGUUUGUGUGGGGGGAAUCGGCCAGUGAGAGAGCUGCGACGGGAACCCCCCCUGCUUUGACCUCAUUAAGAGACGGAGGUGAAAGAUGAUUGGUGGCCACGUGAAAGACGACGCGUAAUUGGCCAUCUUCUAGGAGAGAAAAAAAGAGAGAGAGCCACUAAGAGCUUCUCCGCUCAUAAGGAGCCACGAAGGGCAAGGAUCAGUAAGACAAGUGGUUGGCUUCACAGAUGAAAGCACCUUGUCCACUUCCUCAGAAGGGAGAAGCCGAAACGGAUCCCAAUUUACCGGCAUGCAACUGGCCAACUCUGGUUCAUCGACUGUGUCCAAGGCGCACAGGAUCGAGCUCCGCUGGAUGCAUCGCACAGUGGAGCAGUUAGGGGGCCGUGCUGGACGGGACCCCUUUUCUCUCGGCAGCCUGGGCUGCAGCGGAGCAUGGAGUUCGUGCCAUUCCCGCCCAUGGCUCCCGGGUGGCAGGUGCUCUGCCAGCGUCGGCCAGCCUCAGCUGCCCACGCACCUGCCCCCUAACCAUGGCUCUAACAUGGGGCAACACAGCAAGGGCUACUUCCCCCCAGGGAAUCUGGCCCCACGCCCCCUGCAUGGGAAGCUGGAGGCCAUCCAUGGCUGUGUGCAGGCCCUGCUGCGGGAUCAGGGGCAGCCCCAGCUCUGGGAACAGCUGGGCGAGAUCUACGAGUCGGAGCAGGAUUGCGAGGAAGCCAUGCGCUGCUAUCAGAACGCCACCCGGUACCAGCGUGACUACGGCAGCUAUGGAGAGAUCCACGCCCGGAUUGGACGCCUGCAGCAGGCUCAGCUGUGGAACUAUCAUUCAGGGCCAUCUCAUCACCGGCCAAAAGCAUUGCCCCCACUGCAGCAAGUCUGGAACCUCCUGCACCUUGAGAAGAGGAACUUCUCUGCCAAGCGCAACCCCCAGCUGAAGAGGCCUGGCCCACCUCUGGAGCCGCCUGUCGUCCAGCCCAUGCCGCCAGUCCAGCACCCGCCACACCCGGGGCACGGCGAAGAGAUGCCCACCCCCAUGAAGAGGCGGAGGAGCACCAGUCCUGACCAGAAUGGUAACGGGGUAUGCCAGCAUCUUCCUGGGCUGGGUAUCUCUGGCAACCCCCACUACCAGCUGCCAAAACUGGGAUUAUGGAAUCCCCUCCAUGGAGACUCGUGGGGACAGGAACGCAAGAAUGUGGCUGCCCCAGAGAGACAAGAGCAGAGGAACUCAGUGGCUCACCCCUUCCCGUAUCCGUCUCCCGCCUAUGGCUCGCAUCCACCCCCGCACCGCCUGCCGGCCAUGGCUCCCAGCCCCCGCACCCCGCCAGCACACCGGCCCUCCCUUGACAGCCAUGGCUGCCUGGCCCGGCCCAACGGAAGUGACCUUAGAGACAGCAGAGCCCCCCGGGUGCGUCCAGACUCCACCGCCACACCAGCAACUGUUGCCUGCGUGCCUUACGCCCCGCGCCCAACCCCGGGAGGGCCCUCCACCACCACCAUCACCAGCAAGACCACCUCGCGGGGGCAAUCAAACCCUGACAGCCUUGCUUCCGACCAUUACCAGACGCCGGCAUUGGAGCCACCCAGUCUGGCCCAGGAGAACAGUGGGCGCAAACCACCCUUGCUGCCACCGCCCCGGCCAAGCCUUGCCCCCCGCAACCUGCCCUGUUCUCGCAUGCCACCUCCUCUGGCCAUCAUCAGGGGGCCCCCACCAGUGGUUGCACGACCCCCCGCAGCCCCACAGUGCCCUCCCCCACCACUGCCGCCACCGCCGCCUCCUCCUCCUCCUCCCCCACCGCCUCCAUUGUCCUGGCUGAAGGGCUCAGCGUUCAGCAGCAAAGCAGGAGAAGGGGAAGCCAGCGGGGACCCUCUGGGUGAUAUUUUGUUUGGAUGCAGGGAACCUCCUCAGGGGCAGCCUUCUCCUCUUGGGGCUUGUGACUCGGGGCACAGCUUCCAGGAUUCCAGUACCAGCAGUCAGAACAGGCCCUUCUCUCAUCCUGGAGAAGGGGCUGAGGAGAAACCGAGCCCCCAAAGAUCAACCAGCCCCGAGCCCUCGCCAGCCUCUGAAUUCUGGCUGUCGGAAAAUAGUAGCCAGGACGAGAAGGGUUCCGGUGGCACCAGGGCCCUGGCCCCGAGCCCCACGAUUACCUCAGGAACCUUCAGGUCUGCAGAGAGCCCCCCUCAGCCACCAGUGCUGCCCCCACCACCCCCGCAGCUGCCCCGGGCCUCCUAUCCAAAGACGCCAGACCCAUCAGCGGUACCCUCUGCUGUGGAGGCUGCAGCUGACCGCCUCUUCGGCUUUGCCAGCCCACAGCUGGAGGAUCAGUUUGAGGAGCCCCCCGAGUUCUCCAAGAUUCUGCCAGAUGGCCUCGCGAAUAUCAUGAAGAUGUUGGACGAGUCGAUCCUGCGCGAGGAGGAGGAGCGUGAAGAAAGCUUCCCUCCACCCCCACCGCCCGCCCCACUCCUCCCUAGCCCCCCACCUUUGGCAAGGCCAAAACCACCAACCCCGUCCACCGCUUCGUUUGAUUAUACCAAGCCCCCUGGGCAGGAUCCACCGGAGCCACCUUGCCUGUACCGUUACGGCAAGCGAGACGGGGAGGAGCGGCCACCGGCGUCUACCGUGGCGGGGGCAAGCAAGUUUCCCCAGCACAGCACGGCGUCUCUGUUGAAGUCUCUGGCUGACGUGCUCGAGGGGCAGAAACACUCCCAUCGGCCAAAACCGCUGACUCCCCCAGGUGCUAAGAGUGUUCCUCCGGCAGGUGCCAGCCAGGGUGCUGCACCCCAUUUCUCUACCUCAAGCCAAGGCUGGGUUGGAGGAGCAGGAACAAUGGGGGGACGAGCAGCCACUCCUCCACCACCGCCCACGCCCCGGCCCAUUAAGACGGAAUCGGAGGUACUAGAAGAAAUCAGCCGUGCGUGCGAGACGUUGGUGGAGCGAGCAGAGCGGGAGAAGAGUCCCCCUCCGCCUGCCACGCCACCUCCGCCACCACCUCCCCCUCCUCUUUCAGCUCCUACGCCGCCGCCACCACCUGCUCUGGCUCCAGCUCCACGCCCCAAGGAUGAGUCCCGGAAACGGGAUAGGGAGCACCGGCGCCACCGCCGAUCCAGCAAGGACGGGUCACGGCGGCACCGGGAGGGCAAGGCCCACAAAGAGAAAAACCGGCAAAUUCUGGGCAGCUUGGACGUGCAGAGCUCUGAGAGCCAGGCGCGGGAGAAUGGGGCCAAGCCACCGCCGCCGCCCCUACCACCACCCCCUGCAGUCCCCCAGCCUGAGCGGCGGCUUCCCAUCAAGAAAGAAGAAGGGGCCGUCAGCACCGGCUCCACCGUUGUGUGCUCGGCUGACCUCCUCAAGUUGCGCUCCUUCACGGAAGGGCCCCCAAAGGAGCUGAAGAUCCGCCUGAUCAAGGUGGAGAGCGGAGAUAAGGAGACCUUCAUCGCCUCUGAGGUAGAGGAGCGGCGCAUUCCCUUGAGCGAACUCACCAUCAACCAUUCGGCCACGGAAGUAGUGCGGGCCAGCAAGCACGCCAAGGUGAAAGGGAAGUUCAAGGAAUCUUACCUGUUGGCCAGCCACUCUGUCAAGCCUCAGAUCAACAUGGGCGAAAAGCUCCCGCGGGAUAAACUCAACCCUCCGACCCCAAGCAUAUACUUGGAGAGCAAGCGGGAUGCUUUCUCUCCCGUCCUCCUCCAGUUCUGCACUGACCCCAAGAACCCCAUAACCGUCAUCCGGGGCUUGGCAGGAUCACUGCGCCUAAACCUAGGCCUGUUCAGCACAAAGACAUUGGUGGAGGCCAGCGGGGAGCACGCUGUGGAAGUCCGGACGCAAGUGCAGCAGCCCUCGGACGAAAAUUGGGACCUGUCGGGGACAAAGCAAAUUUGGCCAUGUGAGAGCAGUCGUUCGCAUACCACCAUCGCCAAAUACGCCCAGUACCAGGCGGCCUCCUUCCAGGAGUCUCUUCAGGAAGACAAGGAGACAGACGAUGAGGAAACAGAUGAGCCUGAUAGCACCACGGAGACGCCCCCGAGCAACCCUGACCAGAAACCGCACCAGAUUAUCAAGUUUGGGACCAAUAUUGACCUCUCGGAUGCCAAGCGGUGGAAACCACAGCUGCAGGAAUUGCUGAAGCUGCCGGCUUUUAUGCGGGUCACGUCAACGGGGAACAUGCUGAGUCAUGUGGGACACACUAUCCUGGGCAUGAAUACCGUGCAGCUCUAUAUGAAAGUGCCCGGCAGCCGCACGCCAGGCCACCAGGAGAACAAUAACUUCUGCUCCGUGAAUAUCAACAUUGGGCCGGGUGACUGUGAAUGGUUUGCUGUCCAUGAGCAUUAUUGGCAGAGCAUCAGUGCCUUCUGUGACAGGCAUGGUGUGGACUACCUGACUGGCUCUUGGUGGCCCAUCCUAGAAGACCUUUACCAGUCCAACAUCCCUGUCUACCGCUUCAUCCAGCGCCCUGGAGACCUUGUGUGGAUUAACGCGGGGACAGUGCACUGGGUUCAAGCCACUGGGUGGUGCAAUAACAUCGCGUGGAAUGUUGGCCCAUUGACGGCUUACCAAUACCAGCUGGCGCUGGAGCGCUACGAAUGGAACGAGGUGAAGAACGUCAAGUCUAUCGUGCCCAUGAUCCAUGUCUCCUGGAACGUCGCCCGCACUGUCAAGAUCAGCGAUCCCGACUUGUACAAAAUGAUCAAGUACUGUCUGAUGCAGUCUAUCAAGCACUGCCAGGUGCAACGUGAGAGCCUCGUGUGCUCUGGGAAGAAGAUUGCCUAUCAGGGCCGCGUGAAGGAUGAGCCAGCCUACUACUGCAAUGAAUGUGAUUUUGAGGUUUCCGGACCUCCUUCAUGCCUGACGGCGCUGAGAAGCGGGGGUAUAAAAGAAUAGAAGGGUCAAACAGUGAGUAUGAACUGCGUGUUUUUUAAAGCAGUGGUGGCAAAGGGAGCGUAUCCACGGCCGACUAGGGCAACCCUUGGACAGGAUCAAGGAGCACAGAAAUUUCAUAUGUCAGGCAGACCUUUUGGCUCAUCGAAUCACCCAUGGCUGACGAUCCAGAGUCUUGAAGCAGAAGUCUCCCUCAAGCACCCCUAGGCUGAAAUGCAUCGUCGUGAUGGAAACACGAGGAACAAAUAAUUUGAUAUCACCCCUCUCUGAACCAAGGGGAGAAGAGCCCCAUUGGCUGACGUUAAACCCAAGCUGAGUUGUGGCUCCUGCACCUCAAAAAGAGUAUUGCAGAGAUAGGGGGACACUCAGAGAAAAGCAACGAAACUGAUCAAGGGGAUGGACUCUCCUAUGAGGAAAGGUUGCGGUAUCUGAGGCUUUUUAGUUUAGAGAAAAGGCGGGUCAGAGGCAACAUGACAGAGGUGUGUAACAUUAUGGAUGGUGUGGACAGAGAGAAGUUUGUCUCCCUCUCUUGUGACUCUAGAACUUGUGGACAUCCAGUGAAGCUGAAUGCCGGAAGAUUCAGGAAAGACAAAAGGAAGGACUUUUUCACGCAGCGCAUAAACGAUGGAAUUCGCUCCCGCAAGAGGCCACCAACUUGCAUGGUUUAAAAAGAAGAUUAUUCAAAGUAACGGAGGACAAGGCUGUCAAUGGCUACUAGCCAUAAUGGCUAUGCUCUGACACCACGGUCAGCGGCACGAUGGCUCUGGAUACCAGUUGCUGGGAUUCACAAGUGGGUAGAGCACUGCUGUUGCACUCAGAUCCUGCUUGGGGCUUCCCAGAAGAGGCAUCUGGUUGUCCCCUCUGAGAAUAGGAUGGCAGACUUGGUGGCCCUUUGGCCGGAUCCGGCUUGCUAGGCUCUUCUGAUGUUCUCGAGGGUCUAGUGCCGAUUGGAUAGAUCAAGAGACGCCAGAGGUUGCAGUUUCUGGAUGCAGCCGCGAUGAUGCAGCUGAACUAACGAGGAGGGGAUAUCUGUCAUACUGGCUGUGUGGGCAGUGUGGAUGGAACAGCCCUGCAAGUGCCUUGAGGCAGGUUGAAAGUGAGCAGCAGGGUUGGGGAUGAUGACUUCGCUAAAGCCAGGAAGCUGCACAAACUUGGCUGUGACUUUGGAUGGGCCAAACAGCCACCCUUGCCAGCCACUGACAGCACCCAUGUCAGCUGGAGAGCAAUGACUGGGCUGUAGCGAAGAGUGACCAGGGAGAGGGCUGGUUGUUAGCCAAGACGGGGCUGUCGUGGUGCUUGUGGGGUGAAAGGCUCACAGACGUGGAUGCAGGAAAGAGGGCACUGUUUCCAGAGUCCCAUUCCCUGUGCCUGCUACAGCAGCCAGCACAGGUCCACCCUUGCCCCACCGCAACGGUAUUCAUCCAAGAGCCCCGGGGGAUGAUGCAUGGAAGAGCCUCCCUAGAAGGUGCCAAGAUUACAGGGCCCCUGCCUGUUACGAGGGGAAGGCUGGAUCGAGGCCUUCUGCUCUGGAGGAAGCCUUUUGUGCCACGAUGUGUCGGGGGGGGGGCACACAGCUAUAGAUGGUGUUCAAGGGUUGUGGCGCGUAAACGAAGCGUGUUACUCUUAUUUCGGCAGAGAAGAAAUAAACUACUUUCCCUCUUGCUUGUGUGUUGGUGUGAUUCUUCUGAGGUUCCACAGUUGUGCCCUUUUUUCCAGUGAGAAACCAGCCCCAAACUUUGCACGUUCCCUUUGCCCCUGUGUCCAGGGGGGGUUUACUUACAGCCAGUGUGAAGCAUUCUCGAUGGGUACAGCAGGUGAGGCAUGGUCACAGUGGGCAGCAGCUAAUGCUGAUCUUGGGGGAUUUGCCACUAGGCAGUUUCUGCAGGCUGUGUCCAUGCACGGCUGGCGUUCUCCAGGUGAUGGCAGACAGGCAUCUGCCUCCCCCUCCCCGGGGGUGUUUAGCUGGUAAACACAGAUGGCCUGCCCUUCUCAUUCCCCCCCCCAUGUGGUGACAGAGGAAGAGCCAUAGUUUGCCUCCGCUGAUUGUGGUGCAAAAUGGUGAUGGGUGGAAGAGGUCCUUGAUUUGCACCCUAAACUAUGGGUAGCCAGAAGCAAUUUGUUACCUUGGUGUGAGAUAAUUAUGGUUUUGUGUGUACAUUUGUUAACUGUGGAGCUUCAUGCUAAGAAUAAAGGUUUGGAGGGUUAGAGCCUGGAAAGUUCUCUUGGGACCCCAAAGACGGAGCAUUUAUAAUUUCCAGAAGUUGUAAAGAGGAGAAGGUGUUGGAAGGAAUUAAAAUCAAACUGCAGGAGGAGGUGGCUGAGACGUGCCAUGCAAUUAAGGGGGAUUUAGCAGCUGAGGGUCUCGGAGAGCACAAUUGCAAAGGGUUAUGGGUGGGGCUGGGCCCUGGGCCUCUUGGAGCCUCAGGGGGCUGAUCAGUUUGUAGUGUGGUUAGGGGAGGGGGCCGUUUUGCUUGCUUCCCACUCACCCAGGUGCCUCUUUUCAUUCUUCAGACUAGUCCCUGGUGAUCCCAGUUCCCGGCUCCCCCACGUCUCCAUUAACUGGCCAGGGGGAGAGGACAAGGCCACACAUCCCGUUAGGGUAGGCGCUAAUGUCAGUGUGCUCCUUGCAGGUGGAAGUGUUCAACAUCCUCUUUGUGACGAGCGAAAACGGUGGCAAAAACACAUACCUGGUGCACUGUGAGGCCUGUGCCCGCAAGCGGAGCU